AUGGGACGAAAUGAGCCUGAUGAGAUAGAAAUACAGCAGAGUAUUGAGAUAGUAACGGCAACGCCUGAAAUGAUUACUUCUCAACAAGAACUACCUAAUCAUUUAAUUCCAUUGCAGACAUCUUUGAUUUCGCCGACUGAUGUAAUGCAACCCAAUGUGGAAGAUGAACUAAAGGCAAACCUUUCCGAUCCUGAUCCUACGCCUUUGGAACUUUACAAUAUUUUAUUAGAAGAGCUAAGGCACGAAGAAAAAGUCAGGAAGCAAUUUGAUAAACUUAUUGAAGAAGUCAGUGGAAUAUUUGAUAUUCGUAAACAAGAAAUAAAACAUCCCCUUCUGAAAUUCAGUAUAUUUGAUCCUUUGCGUAACGCAUCAGCCAAAGAAUUACGGAUAAAAGAGGCUGCUGAAGAGGAAGCGUUUAAAUACGAGAUGUCAAUCAAACCAGCAGAUUUUCUAGCGCCAUAUUUAAUAUCUCAUAAAAAGCCGUCACUCACAUAUGAAGAAUCAUGGGCAGCUUACAAUGAAUGCUUAUUCGAACUUAAAACCCGGUUUGUGAGGCUGCUAAAUGACCUUCAACGUCAAUACGAAGAUCUUACUUCUGAAGCUAAGUCACUUCAAAAUUGUUUAAAUAAAUUUGAAGACCAGUUUGAUAACUAUAAUUAUGAGAAACUUGUGGAGCAAGCUGAUGUCAUCGCCUUGCACAAGCGAAUGAUUCAACAACGAUUGACUUUAGCACAUGAAGAAUCCCAAAAAAAAUAUGAAACUGUAAAAAAAUCUCUUCUGAGAGAUCCUCGUCUUAACUUAAAUCGUGCAAUGUCAAGAGCGGAAUAUUAAAUACAUAUUAUACAUAUACCUACCUAAAUACUCUUUACACAUGCAACCAAUUUAACAAAGAAAUAUUUUUAUACUCUCGCCACAUAUUGCUAAUAACAUCUAAAAGCAGUCGAGAUUUAGUUAGAGUUAAAUAGGAAUGUACAUAAAUAAUUAGGGCGAGUUAAAUUCCAUGAGCGAUAACUUGAGUAAACAUUGAGAUAAAACUUUCUAUAAGUGUUGCUUGGCAAUAAUUAAGUUUCAAAUUAACUUACAAAUUUAUAUAGGGCGGAACAGUAGAUAAGAGUACAUGUGAACUUAAUACAUACUUAUGUGUAAUGCUCAUAUUCCGUAACUUGCCGAAGACGAGCCCACUGCUAUAUAAUAUUUAUUUGAAGACUUUGCGUUAUAACUUAUCCAAUGGAUACAUCAGAAGAAUAAAAUCUCAAAUAUUGGUGCCAAAGGGCUUCAUAAGAGCUUAUGUAUAUACUUGUAUAUGAAAAAUCGACAACAGGCGUUAUGGCACACCUUUAGGUAAAAUUACAUAUCUCCGAAACUACUUUACUAAUAUAAUCCAAUUUGGGUGAGGAAAGGUUGGAAAUCGGAAUACAACGUAGUCAAUAAACACUUGUAUAAGUCCUUAAAGUUAUGACAUGUAACAUCUAAAAAUAGUCGGAAA